AUGGACUCCCAGGAGGGCGCAGGCCUGGAUGGAGUGGUCACAGAGAGACGGGAUCCAGCAGAGACGGACACCUUUCUGCCGGCUGGCAGAAGUAACGGGACGGCGGUGGGCAGUGACCACAGAGCCGACAGCCAGAGAAACGGGGGGGAGGAACAUAAGUUUCACCAGGGUUAUUCUGUUUCCAGGGUAAGGGAGCAACUGCAGGAAAUAGUCUUCUGGAGAGUGAGACUAUGGAUGGUUAUUGUUUUCAUCUUUCUCCUCAUCCUCGCGGUGAUUUUAAUCUCUUUGGCUUCGUGCUCAGCUAUCCAGUCGGAUGAAGAUGAGGAGUUCGACCUUUCAUUGUUUAAAACUCCUCAAUAUUUUAAUGGAAGCUUCAAAUUGCUCAACCUCUCUUCCACUGAGAGUCAAGUAUCUCUGGAGCUCCAGGAAAAGGUAAAGUCUUUCCUGCAUUUCAAAUGA